UAUGGCUUUUUUUCGGUUGCUUCUGUUUAUGUUAUUAAUUCUCGCGCUAGAGUUCCACUAAUGUGUUUCUUUUUCGUGGGAUUCAUUCGUUGUUCGCGUUUGUUUGCCACUACCUAAUUAGUCACAAGUGUUUUGAAAUAUCGCCUGAGAAGUGUUGUUUUACAUUUGGCGAAUCACGCGUGGACGGUUUUGAUGACACACGGAAAUUGUGUAAACAAAACAACUUCGGCCGCACGAGUGCUAUAUCGGGCGCGAAUGAUCGUGUCAAGUGGCUUCGGCGCGAGGGCUGCCAGAACUACUGACUUGUGUCCACGUGCGUUGAAUUCGUAGAGAGUGAUAAUACGCUUCAUUCAGCUCUGUCGGAGUCACCACCGAAGACUUCCCGCUUCCUCUUCGCGCCGGCGUCCAGUGACAAAUGGGGGUGAGCUAGGCCAUAUGGACAAGUUUGAAGUUGAUCAGAGCGCCUUGUUGGCAGCCACCAAUCUCACCAUUUUACGACCUUAUUAGACGGUUUUCAUAUUGGCUUCUCGCGCGCAACUUGAUACCCGAUGAGUGCAGAUAAGACGGCGGUCCUCGUGUAGCGCACCUCGAGUCACUCACGGGAAGGUGGCGCUGAGAUUACCCCCGAGCAUGGCAGAUCGCUCAUUCGGCUCCCAUUGGACAUAAUAACAUUUUGUUCUCACUGUGACAGAAAUCUUUGAUCUGGAUUUCAUAUCCACCCGAAUGGCGACGGAGUGGCAGUGUUGCUCGACAAGAAGUAUAAUAUAGCCAAGAUGCUUUUUUUCUCCCCGAUUCCCCUCAAAAACAUCAGAAAUCAAUGCAAACCGUCGUAUCGAAGGAAUUGUCCUACGCUAGCAACACUGCAGUCACUCGAAACCGACGGCGCACAGGUCGCGAUCAAUGCGCUUCGCGAUCGCGAGUCAGUUUGCCGGAGCGAGCGGAUCGAGUCGAACGCGGUUCUGAACAGCAGUAACACAACCUGUAGAAUCGACUACCUCCAUUUCUUAGAACAGCUAUCUAAUGUAUCAAGUGCUCUAACCAUAGCAUUGUUUCUUGAUUUCUCCGCCAGUAGUACCGGCCGCAGAUUGAUAGAUCGCGAAACUUUACAUUUUAGCACUUUCGAUGGUGUGUAGUUGAUUCCGGAAACCAAACACUAAGAAACAACGCCAACAAUGAAAAUGGUGGGAUCUAUCGAUAAUGGUUGAAGUCCUGCACGUUAAGGACCCACAUAAACUGUGCGCACGGCGGCAAGGAGAAGAAUUGUUUCAACAGUGGUGAUCGCCGUGAUUGAUAUUACACUCCUCCGGGUUAAUAUAAAGCUUUAAUCCUGUUUCAAGCGUUUUUUUUUCUUUAUUGAAUGGUGUAAGAGGAAGUGGAGCUAGGCAAGAGAAUUAUAUCACGCCAAAAUAGAGCAGCGAAGAACAAACGAUACAGUUUUGUGAGUCAGCAGUUUGGAAAUGCGUGUUUGCCGAGAUCGAAGAGGCAAACAAGUGAUGUUGUGUGGCAUUAAGAAAGCCAAAUAGAUGUGGAAACCAUUUCACACAAAUAAAUGAAUGGAUGAUUGGAUGAACGGUGGUAAGCGAAAUAGGAAGAUCAUUUUUUUGUCCAUCAAGAGUGCUAAUUUAGUGGCUAAAGAUUAUAUAUACACAUAUAUUGUAUACUUUCGCUUUGGAGAAAAAUUAGCAAAAUUUGUGCUGUUUGUGAAGCUGUGCACUGUGUGUGUGUGUGUGUGCUGUGGAAGUUGUUCAUUUUUGGAAAUCAACUCGAUUGGAAGCAGUAAACCAUGAGCGGUGGCGAGAUGCUGUUAUGGUUGAGCCUAAUCACCUGGACUGUCAUCUAUGGCCAAACCGCUGCAGCGCGGGCGGAAACAAAAUAUCAAGGUAGAUUCACACAUCAUUUGGAGGAUGCGCUGCUGAUCGUGCCAAGGAAAGUGAACCAUCGUGGUGAGCUGGUCUCCCACCGGUUAACGCAUUAUCAUCAUCAAGAUGCUGAUAUCUCGGAUGGUGAAAAGUUGUUACACAGUAGCUUCCUCAGAGUACGCCGAGACGCACAUGAGGAGGAUGAAGAAGAAAGAAAAUUACACUACCAUAUAGAUGUGGAAGGCCAAACGCUACACCUGGAAUUGGAGCCAUCGACGGAGUCGUUCAUAGCACCAUUAAUGGUAGUGGAACGCCAUCGGCGAGAUCUACGCACCCGACAACGGCCCAAGAAGCACGUCAGCAGCUGUCACUACCAAGGACACAUCCGAGGUCACGAGCCGUCCCGCGUGGCCCUUUCCGCCUGCGAUGGGCUGACCGGCUUUCUGCGGACCAACAAGACCGAGUAUUGGAUCGAGCCUUCGAGGGACCACGCCCCGCACGACGAUAGCCACCCACAUAUACUCUUCAAGCGGGCUGACGUCAAAGAGGCUAACGAUGUUCGAUCAAAGAAACCGAGCGGCUCAAGUGUGGCGAAGAAGAAACGCAAGAAACGGAAGAAGCGCCACGCGAGCAACUGUGGCACCAAGGAGCCGCGCCGACUCACAGAGACCCGGCUCGAGUGGCAACACCAGGGAAAGGUGAUUGUCCAGGGUGGUCGAAAAACUCGUGAGCACAAUCAGCCGAUCAACGCAGUGGGUGGUGCGAAGAAACGCAUCAAACGGUCCGUCAGUACUCCUCGUCACGUGGAAGCCCUCGUCGUGGCAGAUCAUUCAAUGGUGCAGUUCCAUCAGGAUGUCGAUUUGCAGCAAUACUUGCUGACGAUAAUGAACAUGGUCUCGUCGCUCUACAAAGAUCCUACCAUCGGUAACUCUAUUCAGGUAGCGGUCGUACGGAUCAUUAUACUAGAGGAGGAGGAAUCAUAUGCCGAUUUCAAUGUGACUCACAUUGCGUCGAACACGCUGGAAAAUUUUUGCAGAUGGCAGCGGAGCUUGAAUCCCAAGGCGGAGGACGAUCCUCACCAUCACGAUGUUGCGAUCCUAGUUACAAGGAAGAACAUUUGCUCCACGCACGGAUGCUCCACCCUGGGAGUUGCCAACGUGGGCGGCAUGUGUCGUCCGGACAAGUCGUGCAGCGUCAACGAGGACAACGGGAUCACCCUGGCACACACGAUAUCCCACGAGCUCGGUCACAACUUUGGGAUGUACCACGACACAGUGAAGACCGGAUGCGAUCACCGGAUUGGACCGAUUCUACACAUAAUGACACCGAGCUUCGAAGCGGACACCAUGCAGGUCUCGUGGUCAAACUGUAGUCGCAGAGAUAUUACACAUUUUCUCGAUUUAGGACUUGGCAAGUGUCUCGAAGAUCAGCCGAGUCAACAGGAGUACAACUACCCCGAGCUACCUCCGGGAGCGAUGUAUAACGCUGACCUCCAGUGUCGACUGCAGUUCAACUCCACUGACGAGGAAAUGACGGUCUGCUCCCGGCUGGACGAGAUUUGCAAUCAGCUCUGGUGCUUGGUGGACGAUGUCUGUCUGACAAUGAUGCGUCCAGCUGCACCCGGGACGAACUGCGGUAAACGAAAGUGGUGCCAGAACCAGCAGUGCGUCGAUGUUGAGGAACUUCCGGCGCCAGUUGACGGGGGAUGGGGUGAAUGGAGCAGCUGGAGUGACUGCUCCCGAGAAUGCGGUGCGGGAAUCGCUAAACAAAACCGACAGUGUGAUCAUCCCUCACCCGCUCAUGGUGGGUCGUUUUGCAUCGGUGAGAGGGCGCGAUAUAAAACAUGCAAUACGCACCCUUGCCCAAAGGAUGUUCCCUCGUUUAGGGCGCAACAGUGCUCCGAGCAUGACAACGACACGGUUAAGGGAGAAAACUACACUUGGCUGCCGUAUUUCGAUAAAAAUGAACCCUGCGAGCUGUACUGUGCCAAUUCCGAGGACACUAUAAUUGUCCCAUUUGGGGAUGCCGCGGCCGACGGGACGCCCUGCAAUCUGGGCACCAACGAUAUGUGCAUCGGUGGCAUUUGCCGUAAGGUGGGUUGCGAUUGGAUCGUGGACUCCAUUGCCACCGAAGAUCGGUGUGGAGUGUGUGGCGGCAAUGGAGACACCUGCACGGUGAUCCAAGGUAACUUCACCAAGAAGGUCAACAUGAGUGAGGGCUACUAUGAUGUGCUGCAGAUUCCGACCGGGGCGAGGAACAUUUUGGUGGAAGAGAUGGGACCCUCGAAGAACUUCGUGGGCGUCGGGAGAGCUAACAGCAAAGAGUAUUAUUUGAACGGAAAUCGAUAUAUUCAGUUGCCAGGAGAAUACGAGAUGGCAGGAAGUCUCGGGCUGUAUGAACGGGAUGACGAGCGAGAAAAAAUCAAGAUCCCCGGGCCUAUCAACGAUGAUAUUACCAUUUCGGUUAUCAUGAAGAAAAAAAACAAUCACGCAGGUAUACACUACGAGUACACGUUGUCCUCGAAUGCCACCCGAAAUCACUCACCAUACUACUGGAAACUGACCGAUUGGAGUCUCUGUUCGGUCACUUGUGGUGGAGGCAAGCAGCAUCGGUAUUCCGUAUGCCACAAUCGAGGGGAGGGAAUAGCCGACGACAGUUUCUGUGAGCUGAACGCUCAUAACAAACGCCACGAGCGGUUGGCGCGAGAUUGCAAUGAGGAUCCUUGUCCCGCAAAUUGGUGGGUAGGCCCAUGGCAGCUGUGUUCGGCGACUUGCCGGAAACCGGGCGAUCGAAGCCCAGAGCGGAAACGAUCGAUCCUCUGUGUUGAUCAGAGCAUGAACGCACUGCCGGACAUCCGGUGCGAUGGUAAGUCCCGGCCAGUGGACAACGAACCGUGUGCUGGUCGGCUACCGCUAUGUAAAGGCUUGCUGGAUAGUCAGAUCGUGGUAGAGGAUGUUCCUCCCGAAUACGAGGAAAACAAUGUCAUCUGAAAACGAGUGCAAAACGCUGUUCAACAGUUGGUAUUAUGUUAUAUUAACAUUUUCUUUUGUUGCGAUAGCCGAGCAAUAGACUAUCGAAACGUACUUACAUUCUUGUAGAAAAGUAUUAGGUUCUUGUUCGCAAAACACACAAUCUCGCCCAGAGGAAGUAGUCGCUAGUACAAAUAUAUUUAAUAUGAGAUUUCGAAGCAGCAGCAAACAGUGACUCUUCUAGGGUACAUAUACUAUUUAAACAGUAUAUAUUUACAGUGUAUAUCAAAGUAUUACUAUUAGUACGAAUAGUUGCCAAGUUAAAAAUGUAUUUGUUUAAUCGCACACUCUUAGCUCAUAUGUCAAAAACAAAUAAAUAAAAAGGAAAUCUCGUCCAUCUUA